GUCCUUUCACAGCGGAUGUCACGACUGUCGGAAUUGUGUUUUAUUAGCAAGCAGACAAACCACCCUGGCCUUCGAUUUAGAUAUAUGUUAUCAGGAUCUUGCUGAAUAAAUAAUAAUGGGGGACGAACAAGAGAUAAUGUGCAAACUAGAAAAUAUUAUGGAAAUACGGAAUAAAACAAUACAGAUGCAAAAGAUCAAGUCUCGUCUCAAGUCUGAAUUUGAGUCCCUGGAAUCUGAGGAGAAACAUCUGAAGGAGUAUAAACAGGAGAUGGACCUUCUGCUGCAGGAGAAGAUGGCCCAUGUGGAGGAGUUACGACUCAUACAUGCUGAUAUCAAUGUGAUGGAGAGCACUAUAAAGCAGUCGGAGAAUGACCUAAACAAGCUCCUGGAGACGACGCGGAGGCUACACGACGAGUACAAACCCCUGAAGGAGCACGUCGACGCCCUCAGAAUGACCCUGGGCCUACACAGACUGCCCAACCUGAACGAGGAAGAGGAGAAACUCUCUCUAGAUUACUUUGAGAAGCAGAAGGCUGAGUGGCAGAAGGAGCCCCACGAGCCCACCAUCCCAGAAUCCCUAGCAGCCGCGGCAGCCGCAGCCCAGCAGCUCCAGGUCUCCCGGAAACAAGACGCCCGCCAAACAGCCACCUUCAGACAACAACCCCCUCCCAUGAAGGUACACAGUACACACCCUCCCAUGAAGGCCUGUCUGUCAUGCCACCAGCAGAUCCACAGGAACGCCCCCAUCUGCCCUCUGUGUAAGGCCAAGAGUCGCUCCCGCAACCCCAAGAAACCCAAGAGGAAGCCUGACGAGUAGGCAUGCACACCCACGUAGUACCUGUUCAUAAUAUGUUCAUCUUUGUAACCUCUCAUCCUAUGGAGACCACAUUUAGUGUUAUUGUAAUUAUCCUUUUAUUUUAACGUAUCAUUGCUUGAGUGUUUAAAUGUAACUGUUAACCUUAUGUCAAGUUUGAUAUAAUAGACUAACCACAUUUAAUUAAAAAAUAAAGCUAAUUUGAAUACUGUAGCUGUACAAAUGUGGCUAUUAGUUCUGGUAUUAGAAAUGUAAAACCUACAGUAUUUACUUUGUAUUUAACAUGUUUACAUUGCACGUACAUGAAUUCCAUGGCUGAACUAUAAAAUGACUGUCUUGUAAUGUAUUUGUGUGAAAUGGCAGUGGGUUUAUAGUCGGAGUCUACAACCCAAUACUUUGUUCUGUUUACUACAGAAAUGUUAACUUUGUUAUGAUUGUAGACUAAAAAUGAUGUAUGUGAAACUUUAAUACAAAAAUAAAUGGUUGUUUUGUACUGUA